GAACUCGGAGACCGUUUGAUUUCUCUCUCUAAAACUCUCUUUCUCUCUCUAGAACUCUCUCUCUUUCUCGCUCUUGAAUUCGACGAGCACCUGCAGAUCUUUCUUCCCUGCCGAUCUGCAAUGCCCGUUGAAUCGAUUCAAUCAACUUUCUCUCUCAUCCGAUCGCGUUCCUCGAAGCUCAGUUCGACUGUGGUCCCAUUUUGUAGUAAGGCAGCUCCCGCCACUUCUUAGGGAAAUUGAUAAUGAUUUGGGGAAGAAAUGCUAGAGAGAAGUGCUGUCGAAUAGAAAUUGGGAUAUGUAGAUUUUCUCAUCUAUCAAGCAACGAUGGAAAGUGACAGGACAAACGCUACUACUUCAGAAGGGGUCAGUGAUGGUCUUCAGAGGGUGCCUCCUUUGCACGGGAGGACUAGUGGCCCUAGGAGGCGUUCAACAAAGGGACAAUGGACAGCAGAGGAGGAUGAUAUCUUGUGCAAGGCUGUUCAACGCUUUAAAGGAAAAAACUGGAAAAAAAUAGCGGAAUGUUUCAAGGACCGGACAGAUGUACAGUGCUUGCACAGGUGGCAGAAAGUUUUGAAUCCAGAACUUGUCAAAGGGCCUUGGUCUAAAGAGGAGGAUGAAAUAAUAGUUGAAUUGGUGGAUAAAUAUGGGCCAAAAAAGUGGUCUACCAUUGCACAACAUUUACCUGGACGUAUUGGAAAGCAAUGUCGGGAAAGGUGGCAUAAUCAUCUUAAUCCCAAUAUCAACAAGCAGGCUUGGACGCAAGAAGAGGAAUUGGCUUUGAUUCGUGCACAUCAAAUUUAUGGGAACAAGUGGGCAGAGUUGAUGAAAUUUUUGCCUGGGAGGUCAGACAAUGCCAUUAAAAAUCAUUGGAACAGUUCCGUAAAAAAGAAAUUGGACUCAUACUUGGCUUCAGGCUUACUUGCACAAUUCCAAGGCCUGCCUCAUCAUGUCAGGCACCCAAACCAAUCAAUGCCUUCAUCUUCUUCAACAGUGCAACAGAGCAGCGGAGAUGAUAGUAUUCCCAAAGAAGAGACAGAUGCGGAGGAAAUUUCAGAAUGCAGUCAAGGCUCAACUGUUAUCGGUUGUUCUCAAUCUGGAAGUGAUAUAGCCAAUGUAGCAGCAUAUACAAGAGACGACUGGCAACUGCCUGAAGAAUCUAGUCGUGGAAAGGAUCCAAGCUUCAGUCCAGCAUCGUGUUCUGAAAAUUAUCACACAUCUUUCCAAGAAGUUGCUUUUUCCAUGCCAGAUGUACCUUGCGAAGUGGAUGGCUCUUCCAAGUUCCUUCAACAAAAUUUCUCAAAUGACUGGGAAAGUUUUGCUGGAAAAGAUUGGCAGCUUAAUUUGAAUGAUUUACUUAACAUAACUUCACUGGAUUUGGGGCAGAAAUCAUCAGAAUUCUUGAUACAGUGUUUAGGUGGCAAUGAAAACCAUGAAGUGGUACCUUUCCCGUUACAAACUUGUGUUAGUUCAAGUGCUUCUCCUUCCAUGGGAAAUAUGGACUUUGAAUCUGACCAACCAUCAAACUAUCAGUUACCUGAAACUGCUGGCACUUCAUCUUCACAAUCAUAUUAUCACCGAGGGUCUCAUAUGUUAGAAACUUUAUGCUCUCAACCUUAUGCUGUUCCUUCACAACUUCCCCCAGAUGAUGGUGCAAUUUUCUUUGCUAGCGAUGCCAAUCAAUUUAAUGAUCUCUCACAUGCAAACCAAGAAAAGCAGCUUGUAAACAGUCCAAAUGAAGGCUUCAUCUGUACCAAUGACUCAGUAAAUUCUCCUCGUGAUAAUGGAACAGAUGGUAUGGGUCUGCAGGAUCAACCAGAUCAGGCAAACGAUUCUUUAAAAGUAGUUCCAGUAGAUGCUUUCAGUUCAGGACCACCAAAUCAUAUCCAAACUAGUUCUUCAGUAAAUGAUAGUCCAAUUGUUCCAACUUCUGAACAGCAAGAUAGAGGACCUCUAUUUUAUGAGCCUCCUCGUUUUCCAAGCUUGGAUAUUCCUUUCUUCAGUUGUGAUCUCAUACAAUCCGACAAUUAUACACAACAAGAGUAUAGUCCUCUUGGUAUCCGACAACUGAUGAUGUCAACUGUGAACUGUUUUACUCCAUUUAGGUUUUGUGAUUCGCCAUCUCAGGAUGGUAGUCCAGAUGCUGUGCUGAAAAGUGCUGCGAAAACUUUCACUUGCACACCAUCGAUAUUGAAGAAACGAACCCGUGAUUUGGUGUCCCCUAUGUCAGAAAAGCGAGUUGAGAAAAAGCUUGAGAGCGACAUGAAUCUGGAGUCCUUUUCUAGCUUGGCUAGAGAUUUUUCUAGACUAGAUGUUAUGUUUGAUGAGAAUGGGAACAAGAAAGCACCUCUACGACUGUCUCCAUCAUCAAACCAGAAAGGGAAGUCUGGAAACUCCACUAGUACUAAAGAAAAUUUAAAUCAGUGUUCUAGAAAGUUGGACACUACAUUGAAUCAAAGUGCUCUUUCAGAAUUUUCAUCAGGGAAUCCAUGUUCGUCAUCUAUUGUUAACUCUGCACAAUCUGCUCCUGCGUCAAAUCCCCAAGAAAUCAUGGCUGGAAGUUCUGGGAAUGCUGCUGGUGCUGAAAACUUGAACAUAUUCAUUGACACUCCUUUCAAAAGAAGUAUCGAAUCCCCUUCAGCGUGGAAGUCUCCUUGGUUCAUUAACUCUUUUGUGCCAGGCCUAAGAGUUGAUACAGAUAUAACAAUUGAGGAUAUCGGUUACUUUAUGAGCCCUGGGGAUAGAAGUUAUGAUGCCAUUGGACUAAUGAAACAGUUAAGUGAGCAUACUGCAGCUGCAUUUGCCGAUGCCCAAGAAGUUUUGGGAGAUGCAACUCCCGAAACAGUAUUAAAGGAAAGAUGCUCCAACCACCAGAACCCGGAACAGGAGAAUAAUUGUGUCCUGAAAAGUCCGCCUGAGAAUCAUGCUCUUUUGCCUUCAAAUAUCUCGACGGAACGACGUGUACUUGAUUUCAGUGAAUGUGGGACACCUGGGAAAGGGAAAGGAAAUGAAAACGGAAUAUUAUCAACCACCAAAAGUUUCUCAAGUCCGCCUUCCUAUCUGUUAAAAGGUUGCAGGUAGCAGAUUCUUGUGGCUAUAAUAGCCUUAUUAUGCUGUAUUAUUUCAUAGUUCAUAUAUACACAUGUGUUUAUUUUUGCCCCCCCUUUUUUUUGUGUAUUUUGUUCCUUGUUUCUCCAAUUGUCGUUAAAAUUUCAGACUUUCUAAUAUAUCAAAUUGAUUGAAGAUUGUUUUAGUGAAUUCUGGUUUCUUUCA